UGAACAUCAAUCUUUAUAAUUUAUUAUGAAUUAAUUUUAAAAUAUUUUUAUUUAAAACACUGGCUGAAGUUGCACAAAUUACUAAAAAAAAAAAUGCAUACUUGACAGAGAUUUUUCAAUUUAAGUUCAGAAAUAUAUCCGGAAAAUAGUUUCACUUUCAUAAACACAAGUGAACAAAUUUAAAAAAAGUGCGAUAACUGUAGCAGCGCAGCAAUGACUCAACAAAAUGAUCCAGAAGUAAAACCUAUUAAUGAAAUUACCAAUUAUAAAGAUGCUAACGAAAAAAACGAAAGUGUUAACGAAAAAAACAAAAAUGCUGACGAAAUAAACGAUCCUAUACAUAGUCAAUCGGAUGACGUAAAACCUGUCGUUACUACCUUAGUCGAACAAGAGGAACCAAUAAGUUCUUUAACAGACAAAAUAAAUGACAAGGAAUUUUUUUAUGAAGUAACUACUAAUGAAACACUUCCGAACUCAGAAAACUUAAACUAUGUAGGAGUUGUUAAUUUAAACGCAGAAAUUAAUGAGACUAUAAAUAAAUGUAUUGAGCAACCAACUCAAGAAACAAGUUCACUUGAUAUAAAAAAUGUAAAAACAAUACACAAGGAAAACAAUGAUGAGUAUAUUGAAAGUAAUAUUUCUGAAAAAAGUGAAGUUGCUCCUAUUUCAAAUAAUCUAAAUUUAGAACCAAUAAACUCUAACGUUAGGAACAAUCCUCUUAUCACUGAAAGCAAUACAAAUUUAUCUGUAUUAGAAACAAGUAGUUCAGAUAUACAAAAUAACCCCGUUUUUGUGAUUCAAAGUCAUUCACUUGAAGAAUUAAAAGAAAACUCAAUAACUAUCGAACCUGACUUUUUGGAAGUAUAUCCUUCAAAAAGCAAUAAUUUAUUCGUUAACGACAAUAUGGUAGCAAAUAAUUUAUUUGUUAACGACAAUAUGGUAGCAAAUGAACUGCAAACAUUUAGUGCAAGUUUAAAAAAAAAACCAUCUUUAGCAAGCAUUGACGAUGAUACAAUGGUUGUUUGUCAGAAAAAAGAAAGUUUUAUAAACGUUGAAGCUAUGCAAUUUGAAUCAGAAUUUUUAACACGUCGAAUAAAAGAAGGCCGUGACAACGAAGAAUACAUAAAAGCACAACUAAAAGAAAAAAAUAUAAAACUAGAACACACAGAAAGAAAAAUGAGAGAUUUGAAACUUAGACUUAUUCGGUUUGCUAAAGACGACGAAGCCAAAGAUAAACGCGUAGCUGCAUUGGAGAGAGAAAUCGAAAAACUAAAUUUAAAGAUAGAAGAAAUGGGAACUAUUCAAAAUCUUCCUCCUAUUGAUGCUACACAAAUAAAUUAUCAAGUCACUAGCAAAGUAGAAUCUCAAAAGAAAUCCUUUGUCUGUGUUAUCCUAUAAUAAAAUAUACAAAAAAAUGUAACUUUACAGGGGAGAAAGUCCGUUUUCCUGAAUAACAGACUUUCUCCCCUGAAUAAAGUUCAAUUUUCGUAGGAGAAAAUUGCCCGCUUAUCGAAAAUAAACACCCGUAAUAUAAUUAUACAAUGAGAAUAAUUACUUUGUAAAUAAAUUUGAAUUAAAACUUUUAUUAAAGAAAGAAAAACACCAAACAAAAAUAAAA